CUUAGGCUGCAGGUGGAGGCGGUCAGGGGAGUCUCCCUGCUCUCAGCGGCUCUAUGACACCACCUUAGCCUGACAGCUAGCACUGGCAACGUCCCAACCAAGCUAGCGGUCCGUGUUUCACACAGUCUCCACAUCAUGGAUCUUAACGGCAUUCUGUCCCAGCUUGAAAGUGCUAACGAAGAGGACACGGAGAAGCUUUUACAUCGGUACAGUGAAGAGAACACUCAGACCUUCACGUUUAACCAAAAAGAAGAAGCCCUGCGGAGUAAACUCUGUCAGAGUGUGCUGACGGUUCUUGGGAGACGGGUGCGGCCCAGCUGCCAGAAGACGUGUCUGGAAACGCUCCGCAUCCUGUCCAGAGACAAGCGUGUGCUGGGGCCUGUAGCCACCAGGGAGGGCAUGCUGGUUCUGACGGGGUUGGCGAUGCUGYGUACCGGACAGGAAGGCGAGGAUAAACAGGAAACCACUCAGGAUGCUUUACAGUCUGAGGAGGAGAAGAGGGUGGUGGUGGAGGCCCUGAAGUGCCUUUGCAACGUUGUGUACAACAGCGCUGCGGCUCAGCAGGUGUGUGUGGACAUCCAGCUGGUUCACAGCCUCUGUGCCAGCCUGCGCUUCGCCCGUACGUGGCAACACGAGGUGGGCCUGUUCGUCCUGCGCCUGUUCUUCCUGCUGUCCGCCCUGCGCCCUGAUCUGAGGGGAAUACUCAGGAAAGACUGUCACGCUGUGAGACUGCUGUCGGAGGUUCUGGAGCACACUCUGGACGUUCGCUGGGUCGGCACCUAUGAGGCGGCUCGACCAGACCCGCAGGCUCUGCCCCUGCCCACAGAGAACAACGAGCGAGCCAUGGAGGCCCUUAAAGCCUUGUUCAACCUCACUCUCUCAGAAAGUCGGAACGAGGAGGACAACCACCAGUUCCGACUCCUAGCUGCUGUCCUGCGUCAUCUGCUGAUGCUGAAAACAGAGACAGAGGAGAAAACAGAGGAAGUUCACAGCCACACCGUCAACCUGCUGAACAACCUGCCUGCUUCCUGCCUGGAUGUGCUGAUCGAUAUGCCGGUCCAGGGAGGCGUGGAGGAGUACGGAGGGAAAAACAUGGACGCAGUUCAGGUGUUGCUGGACUUCAUGGAGAGGAGAAUCGACAAGGGCUCCAACUACAAAGAGGGUCUGACUCCAGUGCUCAGCCUGUUGACUGAGGGAUCCAGGUGCCACAGAGAGAUCCGCAGAUACAUCAAAACUCAGGUACUUCCUCCGCUGAAGGACGUGAAGAACAGGCCCGAGGUGGGCACCACCAUCAGAAACAAGCUGGUGCGCCUCAUGACGCACGUGGACAUGGGCGUGAAGCAGACGGCCGCAGAGUUCCUGUUUGUCCUCUGCAAAGAAAGCGUGGACAAUCUUUUGAAGUACACGGGAUACGGAAACGCAGCCGGACUCCUGGUGGCUCGGGGGCUUCUGGCCGGCGGGAGAGGAGAGACGGAGUACUCUGAAGACGAAGACUCGGAUACGGAUGAGUAUAAAUCCGCCAAACCUUUCAUUAACCCCAUUACUGGUCACGUGGAGGAGCCGAUGCCGAACCCCAUCGAGGAGAUGACGGAGGAGCAGAAGGAGUAUGAAGCUAAGAAACUGGUCGACAUGUUUGACAAGCUGUCAAGGCAAAACGUGAUCCGGCCGAUGGGCGUCAGGCCGGACGGGACGUUGGCGCCUCUGGAAGAGACGCUCAUCUGUCGACCAGAAGAAAACUCUGACACAGACUCUGACUAGUGCGCCACACGUCUGGGCUGCGGUUUCYGGAUCUGCGUCCCGAUUCUAGAGCUAGUGAAACUGAACUGUGACAUGCUGCACUUACACAUUUCACAUUACGUGUACAUGAUAUGAUGUAAAAAAAACCAUCCUGGACUCCAGUGAUGACCCAUAAAGUCCAGCUUGUCACCAACGUGUGUGAUAAGAGAGGAGAAAGUAGUUCAUUGUGGAUUGAGCUGGGAGAGUGACUGUGAUGAGUUUAAGUGUAAGAUACUGAACCUCUUGGCACAUAGUUAGGCAUGUUAAUGAUGGAAAACAUGGAGUGCGCCUUUAAGUCUGUCAGGCGUCAUUUUUCUGCUUCUUACACGGUUAUUGAUUUCUUGCAAAAGUACUCGCACCCCUUAAAGUCUCUUUUUGUCAGAACUUAAAUCUAUUUUACGUGAUAGACCGACACAAAGUAGAGCACAACUCCAAAGUUGAARCAAAGAUGGGAUUUAAAAAUGCAACUUAAAAUCUGAAGUGUUUUUGUGUCAAACCCCCACUGGUUAAUACUUUCUAAAAACUUUUUUUGGCUUCACUUACAGUUGCGAAGUCUUGUGGUGUAUUUACCAGCUUCGACCAUCACCUGUAUGUUUAGGGUCGAUGUCUAACUUUGAAGGGGAAGUUCUGGUCGCCUUCAAACAGGAUUUACCGUCAGCUCUGACUGAACAGAAUAGCAUCUGCACAGCRUGAAACCGCCACUACUUUGGGGAUUGGGGGAUGUUAAACUCUUAGUUUCCAAAUGAAGGAGGCAGAGUGCCACUUUAAUCAGAUUUGUAUUUGUAAAAGAAAGUAUCCUUUUCCCUAAACCUCACAGUUAUGCACUAUUUUGUGUUGUGAUGUAACAAAAAAAUACUUUCAAGGGUAUAAAUACUUUUGCGAGGCACUGUAUUUAGUGUUGUGUGGGUGUUUUCUUUGAUACAAACUCAAUGGGAUACGUCUAAAGUGAUACUAUCUUUUAAAUGAAUGACUCGACAGGGACUGAAAGUUUGCAGAGAAGAUGUGAAUAAUAAGRAAAAUCWGAUUUUAGCCUCCUYCUCCAUUUCAUACCUUCUGUGCCACGACUACAAAUUAAGCUUAUUUUCCAGAUUCUUGUCCUCUGAAAUGAAAUUAGGUUUUUAACUAUUGGAAUUCAAUCRAGGCUUUUCAGAAAAGAUACAAUAAAUGAUCAGAUUGGAGCAUUAUAAUUAAAGUAUUUAACUAUAAUGUGAAAUGCACCGUUGCCGUCACCGUUAGCAGAUACAGGCAUUGGACGGAUGGAAGUAGGAAGAGUUGGUCCUGAAGGCUCCUGCUGUUACUCAGAGUUCAUUUGAGGCCUUUAUGGUUACCUGUUGCAUCCUUAAGUUAUGAAACUCAACUUCUUGCUGGAUCGCUUGUUUUUUUUUAUUUUUUAUUGUGAACACAGAUGCCAAGGUUUCAAGUCUUAAAAAAAGAAAAAAAUCAUUCCUUUUGUUUGUGUUGGUUUGGUUCCUCACAUUUAUGUUCUGGUACAUUUUUAAUAAAACACUGGACAGUUAAACCCCUUCUUUGGUUUUAAAUUUCGCCGCCCAUCCACAGGCACGAUGUGACCACUGAAACUUUUUAAAUUCAGGCUUGUUAGCUAACAGACAUUCGUUUUUUUAAGAAGCUUAGAGGAAAAGAAAAAGCAACUUGAUAUGUAGUUGCUGAAACACACCUCUUGUGGACUUUAUGACUAUGAAAUAUGGAAACUACAAUGAUUGCCUUUAAUCUAUUUUACUUUUUUUUGCCAAAUCUGUACAAUGAUCAAAUGUUAUUUUUGCCCCUGAUAGAAAAUGUAGAAUUUUAUACAAAUCUUUGUGUGUAAGCCUGACUGCUCUUAUGAAUUUAUAGUAAACUGUUGGUACAGCAACAAGUCCAGUUCCUAAAGAUUUUACUGUAACUGAAAUGCUUUUAAGCCUCGUCAGAUUUUUGUUGUAUUUUCUUACCGUUAUGUUUUUGUAUUUAAACUGUUCAGACUUUCCUUUGUGCUUGUAAGUUAUGCUAUGUUAUUUUUCCAACACAUAAAUCCUGGGAUCCUUUUUAAAUUUGCAUGAACGUGGGAAGAAUAUCUUGUUUGCACUUUUUUUGUGUAUACUAUAGGCAGCACUACUUAUUUUGUGAGACUUUUCCACUGAAAAGUUAAUAAAAGUGAAGAACAACACUG